CCGCCUCUUCACAUCCUGCCCAGUCUCGACUCUCUCUACACAGAACCCUCCUCCACCCCUGACCACCGUCUCCGGCGGAUAUCCUAUUGUACUUUUAUUUACAGAACUGUGCAUUCCAUGGAGGCCGCGGCGGCGUUGGAGGUCAUGGAAGGACCAGUCAUCACCGUCAUCAGCAAGCGCAUCCGCGCCCUUCGGAAGAAGCUGAACCGUAUUUCGCAGAUGGAGGACUCUAUUUCCAACGGGAAGGCGCUGAAUAAGGAGCAGGAGGAAACCCUACGGUCGAAGCCUUCCGUCAUCGCCGGCAUUGAGGAGCUCGAGAAGCUUCGCCAGCCGCUUACUGCCGCCGUUGAUGAAGAAAUCAGCCUGGCUAUCCAACGACACCAAGUAUCCGUUUCUAAAUCGGAGGCCUCCAUAGACGCUUCCCCCAAUUGUGAGGAUAAAUCUGAUGAAUUCACGGAAAAUAAGGUAGAAAGCACGAUUGAGCCAAAUACCAAUGUUACAUAUUCUGGGGUGAGAUUGAAGCUGAAAAAGAUUUUUGACUCACAGUAUUCAACUUCAUCACCUGUUAUGAAUUUUGGGACUCACCAAGUUCAGGUUCAAGAAUCCAUUCCAUCUGUGGAUGUGCAAGUCCAUGUUGAGGGUGCAGGAAUGCAGUACCAGCAGAAGGAAGAACCUUUUGUUUCUAACAACGAAAAUGAAACUAAUAACGGCGAUGCUGGCGAAGAACACCAUCAGGAGGAAGAAGAUUCACCAGACUUGACUGCUGAAACUGUCUCUGUUCAUCAAGGAUUGGAGGAUCCAGUGGAUGUGAAAGAGCAACAUGUUCCUCGACGGCCCUAUAAUAAUUAUAAUAAUAAUAAUAAUUAUAGGGGCGGCAGCCGUGGUGGUAGACACAGGGGGAAUUAUAAUGGUCGUGGUGGGCGUGGCAGGGAAGCCAUCACUUCCUACCAGAAUGGGGGCCAUGACCAAUACUAUGAUCAACCCGUUAACUAUAGAUUGAGGAAUUUUGAGCAUAGGGGAGGCGGCGGGAGAGGAGGAAGAGGUGGUGGCUAUUACAACAACAACAACAACCACAACAACAAUCACAACAACAAUAACUACAACAACCACCGUGCUUAUGGAGGCGGUGAAGGUGGCGGACCUGGCGGCAGGUAUAACAGAGAUUCUUGACCUAUGCUUUUGAUGUUCAUAAAACAAUUUUUUUGCACUCAUGUGGGGAUAGAGCUUUUUACUGCUCUAUGGUUUAGCUUCUAAUUUUCUGUAAGAUGGUGAGAAUCAUGCACAAAAAGCAUGACCAAACACUAUAAAAGUUCAGAUGAAUUGUGACACUAUGUUUGAUUCCAUGAAUUUCUUCCCAUUAGAUCUGCCCAUCUUCCCCAUCUUCAUUGACGGACCUGCGACUCCUGUUCUCGUGAUUUCGAGAAAUUUCAACUAGCGAACCCUAGGUGAUUUCCAGAUUCUAAUUCGACUAUCUACUUCACUUAUUGCUGUUUUAUGAUUGUUUCAUUUUUAUGCAUCUCCAAUUUCCCCUACACGUCAAAACCCUAUUUGGUAAAGUGUAGAACUCACAAUCGUGAAGAUGUCUUUGCGUAUUAUUCCUCCAUAGUUUUGGUUAAUAAUUUUUUUGAUCCUGAACUGUUCCCAAUUUG